AUGCUGACCUUGACUCCAUCCUUAACUGUGUCCUUUGAAGCCAAGAUUGGGUUUUUGUUUCUUUCCUUUCUGGAGUUUGCAGUGGGGAUCCUGGCCAAUGCGUUCAUUUUCUUGGUGAAUUUUUGGGAUGUAGUAAAGAAGCAGCCAUUGAGCAGCUGCGAUCUUGUGCUACUAUGUCUGAGCAUCACGCGGCUUUUCCUGAAUGGGCUGCUGUUUCUGAACGCCAUCCAGCUCACCUGCUUCCAGCAGAUCCAACACCCGCUGAACGACAGCUACCAAGCCAUCCUCAUGCUCUGGAUGAUCGCAAGCCAAGUCAGCUUCUGGCUCGCGGCCUGCCUCAGCCUCCUCUACUGCUCUAAGAUUGCCCGUUUCUCUCACCCCUUUCUGCUCUGCUUGAUGAGCUGGAUCUCCAGGAAGAUCUCCCACAUUCUCCUGGGUGCCAUGCUUUUAUCCUUGGUCUGUGCUGUGUUCUGUAUGUGGGACUUUUUUGGCAGAUCUCAGUUCAUGGCCACCAUGGGGUCACCCCUGAAUGAUACAGAACUCGGUUUGCAAGUUCCAAACCUCCAAUUUUUUUACUCAUUUCUCUUCUGCAAUGUGAUGUCUCUCCCUCCUUUCCUAUCUUUUCUGGUGUCAUCCGGGUUGCUGAUUUUCUCCCUGGGAAGUCACUUGAGGACAAUGAAGUCCCAAACCAGAGACUCUGGGGACCCCAGCCUGGAAGCCCACGUCAAAGCUCUCAUAUCUCUGGUCUCCUUUCUCUGCUUCUAUGUGCUGGCCUUCUGCGCUGCUCUCGUCUCCGUUCCGUUACUGAUACUGUGGCGCAACAAGGUCGGGGUGAUGGUUUGUGUAGCGGUGAUGGCGGCUUGCCCUGGGGGCCACGCAGCCAUCCUGAUCUCAGGCAAUGCCAAGCUAAGGAGGGCAGUAAAGACCAUUCUUCUCUGGGCUUGGAGAAGCUGA